GCGACGAAGAAGUAAACCCGCGACACGCGAAUGUUAUUUCAAAUUCACAACAGAAGAGUGUUAUCAGCAAUUAUUCUUUAUAGACGUUAAUAAAACACAUCUAAGAUAUGAGCCGUAUCUGUACAAAGCCACCGGAAGCUUAAAGGCCACAGUUCCAUUCGUCUGUUAAUAGUUUCUGAAGGAAGUGGAGGAAAAUGGAGGAAACUGUGAUGGAAUCGGACUCGGCUGAAAUUUCAGGAUCUGGAGCUCAGCUCGGGGUCGCCGAUGCCUGGGAAACCGUCACUGCAGCUUUGGUGUCUCCCGGCUGCUCGCUGACGGAGCGGAGCCUCUCGGACUCCCUGGCCCUGCUGUGUGAUCAGGGCCUGGGCCGGCUGCUGGGCGGCUGGCUGCUGGAGACUCUGCAGAUGCGCCUGUCUUCCUCUGUGGUUCCCGAGUUCUGGUCCGGACUCAAACAGCCGGAGAACGAGCUGGAGGAGAGAGAUAGGACCUGGGUUCUCCUCACCGCCUUUCGGACUCUAUUGGACCGACUGGAACCUUUCCUGGGUGGUUUGGAGCGUCUGGGGAUGUGGCAGGAUGAGGGCCGCGGUGGUCUCUGCGGCCCGGGACCCAGGGGCCUUAAGGAGCGGGCCUUCACCAUCAUCAGGGCCCUGCUGCUCUUCUCCCCCUCCCCUGUUCUCCAGGAGCGAGUGCUAGAGUUUUACAGCAGGACCUUCUCUGUCUACAUGAACCAGGAGGGGGAGACCGAGGACGGGGCCGAGGUCCCUGACGUCCCAGAGGGAGGGGUCUGUCCAGGCUGUGGGGUUCCCACGCAGCAGUGCUGGUGUCAGGAGGCCCUGGAGCAACUACAGGAGCUCAGCCACAUACUAUCCAAACUGCAGCUGCUGGAGUGGGUGAGCUCCGAGGCCGUCACCUCCAUCCUCCACAAGCUCAUCGAGCAGCGGAUGGAGCAGCACUGCAGGGGCGAGUACGAGUGCUCCUUCCUGCUGGAGUUCCAGAAGUGGCUGGAGCUGGUGCUGGGCUGGCUGAGCAAAGUGUUUGCAAGUGAGGCGGACACGGACGGGCCGGUACCUGCUCCCAGCGCUCCCAGCACUCCCAGCAUACAGGACGGCCAGCCUGCCAGCUCCGUCCUGAAGCAGUGGAGAUGCCACAUGCACCAGUUCUUCUGCAGGAUCUACGUCAACAUGAGGAUCGAAGAGCUCUUCAGCAUCAUCAGAGAUUUCCCGGAGUCGAAAGCUGCUAUCGAGGAUCUGAAGUUUUGUCUGGAAAGAACUAACCAGCGGCAGCAGCUCCUCACCUCAUUAAAAUCUGCUUUCGAGAGCCGUCUCCUGCACCCGGGUGUUCACACGUCUGAUAUCCUGACUGUUUACAUCUCGGCCAUCAAGGCCCUCAGAGAGCUGGACCCGUCCAUGGUCAUCCUGCAGGUCGCCUGCCAGCCAAUCCGCAAGUACCUCAGGACUCGGGAGGACACGGUGAGACAGAUCGUAGCCGGUCUAACCGGAGACGCUGAGGGUUGCACGGACUUGGCCUCCGAGCUGUCCCGAGGAGACCCGGUGACUCUGGAGAUGCAGGACAGCGAUGAAGAAGGCAGCCACCCAGAGGACUGGACUCCAGACCCCACCGACGCCGUGCCAGAUAAAAUAGGCUCAAAGCACCGUUCGUCAGAUAUCAUCAGCCUCCUGGUCAGCAUCUACGGCAGCAAGGACAUUUUUAUAGACGAGUACAGAGCCGUCCUCGCCGACAGACUCCUGCACCAGCUCAACUACAACACUGCCAGGGAGAUUCGGAACGUGGAGCUGCUGAAGCUCCGGUUCGGGGAGUCUCACAUGCAUUACUGUGAGGUGAUGCUGAAGGACAUGGCGGAUUCUCGCAGGAUCAACUGUAACAUCCGUGAGGAGGAAUCGAGGCUGAGCGAGGAGGAGCAGCCUCCGCUGUCCCUGUCCGCCAUCAUCCUGUCCUCCGAGUUCUGGCCUCCGCUGAAGGAGGAGAAGCUGGAGCUGCCGCCGCUCGUGUGCCAGGCCAUGGAGGCCUACACACACCGCUAUGAGAAACUGAAGGCCAUGAGGACUCUGAGCUGGAAGCCUCAUCUGGGUUCAGUCACUCUGGACGUGGAGCUGGAGGAUCGCACCCUCACCAACCUCACGGUGUCUCCCAUCCACGCUGCAAUCAUCCUGCACUUCCAGGAAAAAAGUUCCUGGACGCUGGAGGAGCUGAGCGUGAAGCUGGGAGCCCCGAAGGAGCUGGUGCACAGGAAGUUAGCGCUGUGGCAGCAGCACGGCGUGCUGAGGGAGGAGGCGGGGGGACGCUACUACGUGGUGGAGACGGGUUCGUCCAAAGAGAAGAUGGAGAGAGGCGUGAUGCUGAUAGACAGCGACGAGGAGAGAGACUCCAACACCACCACCCAGUCCGAGCAGAGGGAGGAGAAGCUGCAGCUGUUCUGGGCCUACAUCCAGGCCAUGCUGACCAACCUGGACAGCAUGACGCUGGACCGAAUCCACUCUAUGCUCCGGAUGUUCGUCGCCACGGGACCCGUCGUUACGGAGAUGGACGUCAACGAGCUGGAGGCCUUCCUGCAGAGGAAGGUCAGGGAGCAUCAGCUGAUGGUGUCUGCAGGCGUCUACAGACUCCCCAAAUCCACCUGAGGAGGGACCAGAGGGGGUGACGCUGCAUUCAGGUGCUGUGGGAAAAUACUGCUCUCCUCAGCGUUUGGAAACGCGUUUGGAAAAGCUCCUGGCGUUGCCUGUAAACAGCUGUAAGCUGCUGUUAGUCUGUCUGACAUCAGCCACAGACUGAAAGCAGAAUUUCCACCAGCCUGUCAAACUGGAUUUUCCUGUGAUGUGACUUCAUGGUGUCGUUGAACUUUUAGAAUUAUUAACGCUCCAGGCUCCGGGGCAAUUUAAUGUGUAUUAAACUGUCAUUCAUCCGUUUCCUUACAGACUCUGAAUCUUGAUGCAGACAGAAACUGUGGAUUUAUUGCUUUAUUUGGAUUCGGACACAUUUGCAAGGCAACAGAAAUUUCCAUUAAAAAACAACAACAA